GGGAAGGAAAUAAUAACUAAGAAGGCGUUUAACCCAACUAAGAAGGCAUUUAAAAGAAAUUUUCUUCGGCUGCUAAUGCUGAUCGUUUCAGGAUUCUAUUGGACGAAGACUUAAGAUUGAUGAUGGCCAGUGCCAUGCCCACGACUACCAUAACUCAUGAAGAAAGAAGAUGGCUUGUUAUUGGUUUGUGUCUGGCCAAAGUUCUUACACCUGCAUUGAGAAAUAUCGUUGCAACCGAAAUACCAAAAUGGCAUCAGGUUUUAUGUCGACCACCGACUGAGAUUGACAAACAAGUGUAUGGUCGACAUGAAAAACAGUUGAAUCCAUCAACUAUGGACCUCAACUAUAAAAAUAUUAACAACAAUAAUGUUAAUAGAUCACCACGAUUAUUUGACUAUGCAGUUAAAGACCCACUGUCUUUAGCAAAGUUGUUUGUUCUUCCAUUUAUGUCCAAGUUUACUGGCUUUGACCAAACAAUGGAUAUUUCUGCAAUCUUAUCAGUGAUUUGUGAAGCUGCUCCAUUUACAGCAGCUGCUGCUCAUGCAAAGAUAGUCCGGUCUGACAUCAGAAACGAGUGGGCACAUUGCAACUUUGCAAACUGGACUGAGGCAAGGUUUACUGCUGCUUUUUUUUGUAUGGAAACUUUGCUGAAGAAUGUGAAUCUUUCACCUGAAGAGGAACAACAAAUGUGUGAUGAUCUGAAUAACUGGAAAGAUAAAGGGUUGAAGUGUUGUUUCCGUAGUCAACCUGUCGACAUCCACACACCGAGUUUAUUACUCGAAGAGAGUGUUCAUGAACUUCGUUUAUCUGUGCAGACAUUGAAUUUAGAAGAAAACCAGGUGUCUACAGUACUUUUGAAUAUCGACAAGAUACAGUCAAAACUAAGAAAGGAGAUUGACGAACUGCGUGGUCAUGUCAAAAGAAUUGAAAUACAGGCAAAUGAUAAUUAUAGAGAGAUAGAGCUUCUCAAGGGGGAACGAUCUUUUGGUCAACUUGCAAGAUAUAUUAUCGAAAAGGAGGAGCUGCCUUAUGUCUUCAGUGCACCGGGACGAAAUCGUUAUUUUGCUGGUCGGAUUGAAGAAAUCGAAGAGCUUAAACGCAUUUUGAAAGUCGAACAAACCUCCAACGAAAAGAAAGUACGUGUCGCAGCAGUAUGUGGAUUGGGUGGAAUUGGUAAAACAAGCCUUGUCACCGAGUAUGCCCAUCAGAUGAAGGAUUUCUACCAAGGAGGGGUUUAUUGGUUCUCUGCUGAAGAUGAUAAGUUUCUUGACCAGUCGGUUAAUGAUAUUGCAUCAAAAAUUGUCUCUGAUAAUUCAUUCAACUCGAAUUUGGCAUUUGUCCUGCGAAAAAUUAGCACAACUAAUGACCCAUGUCUUAUUGUGCUCGACUGCUUGGAUCAACUGGAACUUUCAUCCAACAUGAUGGAAUUUCUUUCCUUCCCUUCUCACACAAGUAUCUGUGGACACUUUGUCGUGAUUACCAGGCGAAAUCCAGGGCGACUUCUCAAUGAAGUCUCCGUUUUUGAUGAUCAGUGUUUUCUUCAAUUAAAAUGCUUUCAGCGUCAGGAGGCGACGCAAUUUCUUUUUUCCAGAUCUGGCAUAACUUAUGAUGAAAACCUUGACAGUGAUGCUGAAUGUCUUUGUGAAGAGCUGGAAAGAUUGCCACUUGCUUUGGAACAAGUCGGAGCUUCUAUUAAAAUGCUUAAAUGUAGUUUUUCUUCAUACCUGGAGCAAUAUAAAGACGAACGCUUGCGACUGCUUGAACAGCAAAAAGGGCGCCCCGUAGCACCGGGUAAAGAGUCACUGAAACGUAUCGCUGUCCACACAACAUGGCGUAUCAACAUGGAACAUAUAAAGAAAAGUUCGAACGGCGAGGAAGCAGUACGGUUUUUGAAUGCUUGUGCGUUUUUCAAUCGAAACGAAAUCGAAGAAGAAUUGAUCAACGUUGGAAAGCCCGAAGUGGAAGGCGUCUCGUAUCGUAGAUGUGUGUCAUCACCUUUGGGCAGCCGUCAGAUUCUGAAAUUAUUGACCGACUUUUCACUUUUCAAGUAUGUCGACGAAAACUCUAAGUCCGUCAGUACGCAUCGCUUGGUCCAGGAACUUGUCAAAGACAGUCUUGAUCUUGAGUCGAAAGCAAAAAGUAUCACAGACGCUGUUCGGAUGCUUUCUUUUGCAUUCGCCAAAUGUUCUUCACCCGGUCAAUUUGUAAUGGUGAUGGAAAAUAAUCCCGAGGAGCAAAACAUCGCCUUUCCAGAUUUUCAACAACAUUCUUCUCCAUUCUACAUGUGGUCUAAAUUUUGUAUGCAUGGUCAUAAUCUGUGCAGAAGCAUGGAGGAUUUGUUGGAGACGCCCGUUUUUCUAGAUCCACUGUGGUUUCCUGAAACAGCCAAGAUAUUUUACGAAUGUGCCGUGCACUUGAGUGCUAAUCGUAAACAGAAAGAAGCAAAACGUGCUUUGAACUUCGGAUAUCGCAUAUUAGACUGGCUGCCGUCAAAAGAAUGUGAAAGUAUAAAAAGUGAUAUUUCGAAUAAUUCCUUGUUCCCACUUCGUAUUCCUUUACCCAAGUCCUUUCAAACAGAGAUUAAUCGAUUUUGCUCACCUCCUUUAGCUGGUCAUCCAGCUCUCCCUGAACAAACCGCUACAGCGGAAGAUGAACUUGAUGCUAAGUCGAGAUCAAAGAAAUCGAAGAAAGACGGGAGCAAAGGUUUUGAAGAAGUAUGUGGCGGGAUCCGGAAUUCUUCUACCGGUGAUUUGACAUCAAAAAUUCAAUGGAAAAAUUUAUCAUCCGAGGAUGUGAAUGAUAAAUUGACGCGUUCUUCAGAUUGGUGGAAAGGUUUUGCUGAAGUAGCUUUGGCACUUAAAGACUCGGGUGAAAAUAUCUGUGCUGAAAUAGCUGCUGCUUUAGCUUUUUAUCACAAUCCGGAUAUAUUUUCCGGUGAUUCUCCAUUCAAAAAUACUUUCUUGGACUUGCAGGAUCGUAUUUUUAUUUGUAAUUCUGUUGACAAACUUCGAGAAGCGAUUUAUUGGGAUGAAUUACAAGACGAUGAGUUAAAGUUUUUGCUUCUGGGGUCACCGGAGUAUAUCCUAAAUGUUCCAACAUUCGCUCAACCCUGGAACAACUGCGUCCUUGUUGGAACAAGAAAAAGAUGUUCAGUCACCUUGGAGUUAGAUGGAAGCAUUGACGUGUUGAAAUGCAUGCUGGUAAAUCUGUCAUUCGUUUUUUAUGAAGGUCGAUUGAAUUGUUUGCCUGAGUCCUUUGUUAAAUUACUGGGCUGUAAAUUCACUUCUAAUGGUGAAGACACGGACGCCGUAACAACUAGUGGUGAUUUGAAUGCAGAACAAUGCUGUUUCGAAUACAGUAAAGGCUGUGGUUUGUCAUGUCUUGAGCAAGGCAGGGUUGUCGUGGCAGACAGUUUCUUUCGUGGCAACGGAAAGCACGGGUUAUUAGUCCAAAGUCAAAACAGGUCAAAAUUGUGUGUCGUGAGGAAGUGUGAUAUUCACCACAAUUUGCAAAAUGGGAUUGACGUCUCUGAUGCCAAAAUUUGCACAAAUAUGUAUAAAAAUAAUAUUUAUUGCAAUGGUCAUAGUGGAGUGCGUAUACACCGAUGUGAUGCCGAAAUCAAGGAAAACGAUAUUUUUGUCAACGAUACGUGGGGAGUUUUCCAGUCAGGAGGAAACUCGAUAGAUUGCGAUAUAUCAGUGAAUAUUUCAAUGAAUAGAAUUUUUCGCAAUAACUGUGGUGGAAUUCGCUUGGGAUAUAAGCAGAAGAAAGGGAAAACGGUUGUGGAGAAGAAUGAAAUUUAUGAUAACAACGGUCCUGGAUAUGUGAACGAUGUAAACAAUUCUCAAUACCAAGAUAACAAUCUCUCCAAUAACAUGGAAAGUGAAAACGUCGGUGAGCUAGAUUUUUCUGUUCCAUUUUGUUCAAAUUGUCAUAAAAGAACAGUCAGAAAUCUGAACAGUUGUGGCAAGUGCUUUACAGCUGCGUAUUGCAACGAAACUUGUCAGAAGAACCAUUUCUCAAAGCAUAAGACAAUAUGCGAAGAUUUACGUGAGAAAUCAAGUUAUUUGAUAACUUCAAUGGAACCACCAAAAACCGACAUAUCAAUGCUUAGAGGACGAGAGUUUGGCCCUCCGCCACAAGAUGAAACAAGGUUUAUAGUUCAAGUGUUUAAUAUACUCACGGGAGACAAAGUGGAGAAUACCAUUAUCCUGAAUGAUCGUUCACUUGAACGUCCACUACAAUUCAAUUCCAUCGCCAUUACUGAGCUUAUUAGAGAGUUUGGGGUUUUACGCGAGCGAAAAAAUUCAGAAAAAGAUCUUUUUCUUUAUUGCAUCAACGAGAGUGACGAUCAACUUCGACUAAUCACAAAUCAAUUCGCUGAAUGAAUUCACAAGGUCAGGUGGCAACGUGACUGAAGAAAAUUAUAAGCUUUGAGUGCGUCUGGCGUAACUAUUGGGAUUGAAGACUACUACAAAUGUUUUUUUCACUCAGAGCAACUUGGCUUGCA